AAAAAAAAAAUUCUUAACGCUGAAGAUUAAAAUGAAAUUAUUAAUCUCGUAAUCAAGACUCUAACUGACGAGGCAUUUCUAGUUGGGUAAAGUCUUGUUGGAUUGGGCCUUAGAAUUCCAAGAUGGAAAUUAACUUUCUUACAAGGAAACCCGUCAAGAGCAACGCGCCAUACACGCGCAGGUCUCCUUUCUAGCAAGCAAAAUCACAACACAGACAAGACAGCCAUUCAAACAUUCUACAGGUGGCUUAUAUAAAUGUCUCUUCAAGGUUCAAGAGCGAAGACUACUACCACUAUAUUGAAGAUGAUAUUUUUCCUGAAAUCUUUGUCAAGAUCAGUCCAUGAUCAAGAACAUUAUCACGAGCCAGUUGCUGAGACCGAGGAGGUCGAGAACAAGAUUAGUACUGAUGGCAAGUGCACUUUAUUAACAGUGUGGAGAAAGUCACUCUUAAUCAGUUGCAAUGGGUUUACAGUUAUCAAUUCUUGUGGAGAUUUAGUUUAUCGCGUUGAUAAUUACAUUGAUCGUCCUGAGGAACUCAUUCUUAUGGAUGGCUCAGGAAAAUCAAUCCUCACAAUGCGUCGACGUAAGAAGCUUGGAGUACGAAUUGAUAGCUGGCUUGUCUAUGAAGGUGAAGUAGGUAACCAUUGCGCAAGAACCAAAUUAUCAAAGAAUCCAAUUUGGUGUGUCAGGAAGAAUACCAAUCACAAUGCACUUGCUUAUGUUUUUCGAGGAUCCUCGGAUAAAAGACCUUCGUUUGUGAUCGAAGGUUCUUAUACGCAUAGAUCAUGCAAAGUGUUAGAUGGAUCGAGAAAGGUGUUGGCAGAGAUCAAGAGGAAAGAAGCUAUAGUUGGAGGUGUUUCUUAUGGGGUAGAGGUUUUUGUUUUGAAUGUAGAGCCGGGAUUUGAUCCUGGAUUUGCCAUGGGUUUAGUUCUCAUAUUGGAUCAAAUAUUUUCCUAAUUUUGAUUUCUUUUCUUUUCUUGGGUUAGGAAUUAGUCUUUGUAAUGAGAAUGCAAGAUAUGAAUGUCCAUAUGUUUUGCCACAAUAUUAAGGAAAUAGACGUCCCAAGGAGCACUGAUCGGUUAAAAAAAGAAAUAUGAAUGAGUGGUGAUUAUUAUUGAGGUGACAAUCAAUCUUGGCUCCAAAGAUUAAGAAAAAAACACAGUUAAUUCC